UAUUGAGAGUUUAAUUAUGAUUCUUAUUGGAAUCAUCGGUCCAACUUGUUCUGGGAAAGACACUAUUACAAAAUGGCUUGGAACAAAAGGUUUUAUGGCGACAAGUCUCAGCGAAAAUGUGUCAGAAGAUUAUAAUCUGUCAGAAUUAAUUAGUGGGGUGGGAAAAAUUUUUGAAAAUAUGCCUAAACAAAUUACUUAUGAGUCAGAGAAUAAAAAUACGUUGAAGAUUUAUCAAACCAAUAUAAAGAUGCGUCAGAAUUUGUUAGAACUUAACGAUUCACCAGAAAAAAAGCUCUUACAAAAAAUUAUAGAUGGUAAAUUGAGUGUUAGAUAUGAUAGGUGGAAACAAAAAUGUUCAGUAGAAACUGCAAAAAUGAAAAACGAAGAAAACGGAGAAAAUAACAAAAAAGGAGAUGGAGGAAACUACGAAAAUUUCGAUACAGUUAUAAAAGCAAAUGAUAAAAAUUGGGAUGAUAUUUAUGAGUUAAUGUCCAUGGCUGAUCUUACUAUCACGAAUAAUUAUUCAACAGAAGAAGACCUACACAAUUGUCUUAAAAAGCUUGAUCUCUCAAAUCUAAAGAGAUUGCGACCUACUUAUGACACAUAUUUCAUGUAUUUAGCAGAGCUGGUAACAUUAAGAACAAAUUGCGUGAAGCGUAAGGUUGGCUGUGUAUUAGUUAAAGACUCCAGAAUAAUCGCGACAGGAUAUAAUGGUAUUGCAAAAGGUUUAAAUAAUUGCAUUGAAGGUGAAUGCCAAAGUUGCACUCAAGAUAAAGCUGGAGGUAAAUCAGACCAUUGUUUAUGCGUACAUGCUGAAGUAAAUGCUUUAUUGGAAGUCGGAAGAGAAA